CUUAUUCUCCAGUUCUUGGCCAUCCCGACGUUCUCCCCCCUUCCUGGAUAAUUUAUGCUAAUGUAUUCUUCUCCCUGCACUUCCUCUUGACAGCCAGCUUCUUUUCAUGCCGGAGAACUCUUGAUAUAUUCUUUGGGACCUCAGAAGUGGGGGGAGGGAGGGAAGGAGGGGGGAAAUCAAGAUUUCUACAAACAAACCACCAAGAGGGAUUUUCCAUCUGAAAGCGAGUGGGACAUUAGAGCGUGGAUCUUUGUGUCCCGGUCUGCCCUCGUCUGCAACAUAUUUUCUGCUGGCUGUUUGCCUCUUCCCACAGCCUUUCCGAAAACCAAGAGAGGUAUCUUAUUCAAAGGCUGAAGAAGCCCAGUGAUCCCUCAUCUAGAAGGAUCCCUUUCGGCUCGUUUCGUUGCUCCUACGCCAAGGUGAAGCCCGGGUCUCUUUCACCUGAAGCUUGGGAGGAAGCAAGUUUGAGAACUGGAGGAACACCGAAGGACCAUCAGCUUCUCCGAGGAAGAAUCUCUCCCUCUCUCUCCAGGAAAUCGAGUGUAACGUCUGGACUUCCUACCACCAGCUCACUACUAGAAGUUCACAGACGUUGGAGACCUGGCAUUCCUAAAAGAUUGAAGAAUCCAUGAGCGUGCUGGAUACUCUUCAGUAGCUUAGGUUUUGGGGGGGUUUGUUUUAGCUGGAUCCAAGUCCCUGGAUUUGACCGUUGGGCCUUGCCCGUUGUUGACAUUCCAGAUCGAGUUCUCUUUAAGGUCUAUGGUUCUCUCUGCCAAAGCUUUUCUUCUCUUUAGUUGUACCCUCACCUGGGCUUAGAAUUUAUUGCCAAGGAAGCAGGCAGAGCGCCGUGUUCUCAGGGCAGCCAGUAUGUUCAGCUGGAUGAAAAAGAACGAGAAGAAGACCCCGGAGGUCAUCCGCACCGUUACGGAGGGCCUGAAGGACCUCUACAAGAGGAAGCUCCUUCCCGUGGAAGAGUUUUACCGCUUCCACGAUUUCCACUCACCAGCUCUGGAGGAUGCUGACUUUGACAACAAGCCCAUGGUGCUUGUGGUGGGUCAGUACUCCACCGGCAAGACCACCUUCAUCAAGUAUUUGCUGGAGCAAGAUAUCCCAGGCAGCCGAAUUGGACCCGAACCUACCACAGACUCUUUCAUUGCUGUCAUGCACGGUGAAACGGAGGGGAUCAUACCAGGCAACGCUCUGAUUGUCGACCCCAAAAAGCCCUUCCGAAAACUCAACCCUUUUGGAAACACUUUUCUCAACCGGUUUAUGUGUGCCCACUUGCCUAACCAGGUUCUGGAAAGCAUCAGCCUUAUAGACACUCCCGGCAUCCUGUCAGGGGCUAAGCAGCGCGUGAGCCGAGGCUACGACUUCCCGGCCGUGCUCCAGUGGUUUGCCGAGCGCGUGGACCUCAUCAUCCUCCUCUUUGACGCCCAUAAGCUGGAGAUCUCCGACGAGUUCUCCGAGGCCAUCCGCGCCCUCAAGGGCAACGAGGACAAGAUCCGGGUGGUCUUGAACAAGGCCGACAUGGUGGAGACACAGCAGCUGAUGCGGGUCUACGGCGCCCUCAUGUGGUCGCUGGGCAAAGUGUUCAACACCCCCGAAGUGCUGCGUGUCUACAUCGGGUCCUUCUGGUCGGAGCCCCUGAUGAUCUCUGACAACCGACGGCUCUUUGAGCUUGAGGAGCAGGACUUGUUCACGGACAUCCAGAACCUGCCCCGAAAUUCUGCCCUGAGGAAGCUCAAUGACCUGGUCAAGAGGGCUCGCUUAGUCCGGGUCCAUGCUCACAUCAUUAGCCACCUCAAGAGGGAGAUGCCGUCUGUCUUCGGCAAGGACAACAAGAAGAAGCAGCUCAUUAACAAGCUGCCGGUCAUCUUUGCCAAGAUCCAGCUGGAGCAUCAUAUUUCGCCGGGCGAUUUCCCCGACUGCAACAAAAUGCAGGAGAUGCUGAUGGUCCAUGACUUCACCAAGUUCCACGGGCUGAAGCCCCGCAGGGUGGAGACUCUGGAUGAGCUGCUGACCCUCGACAUUGCCAAGCUGAUGCCCCUCUUGCGCCAGGAGGAGGUGGAGCUCCCAGAGCAGAUUGUCCAAGGGGGCGCCUUUGAUGGCACUCGCAACGGCCCCUUUAUUGAGGGCGCGACCGAAGGCGCCUACGAGGGCAUGGAUGAGGACGAGUGGGUGGUGACCAAAGACAAGCCCAAGUACGACGAGAUCUUCUACAACCUCUCCCCAAUGGAUGGCAAGCUGAGCGGCACCAAGGCCAAGAAUUGGAUGGUCACCACCAAGCUGCCCAACUCGGUUCUCGGGAAGAUUUGGAAGUUGAGCGAUGUUGACCGGGAUGGCAUGUUGGAUGACGAGGAGUUUGCUCUGGCCAGCCACCUCAUUGAGGUCAAACUCGAGGGUCACGGUCUGCCCUCUGACCUGCCCCGCCAUCUUGUUCCCCCUUCCAAGCGUCGGCAGAAGGGCUCGGCUGAGUAAGCAGCUACCUGGCCCCGUCCUAACACCAGACUUGAAUUGCUUCAGUAGGUGCUAGGUCUUCUCCAAUUUAUCCUUGAAGCAAACGUUCAGGCUUGAAUUCCUUAUUGAAGGCUUCACCUAGCAGCCGAGCACAGCAUUGGAAAUUUGCUUUCUGCUCUUCUCCUCUUCAAGCCAGGCUUCCAGCUCAGACGUCUCCGUCUUCCCUUCCAGUCUUUAAGCCAUUCCUGUCUACCUUAAAGAACCACAUUUCCUCAUACGGAAUCAAGCCAGUUGAUCUCACAGUGUCUACAAGCCUACGUAUCUCUGGUGUUAGACGUCUCACAAGGUCUGUCUUCCUAGAAUCCAAACUCAAACUACCUAGAGAUGUUACUUCCUCUGUGCCCAGUUCCAACUGUUCAUUUAGGCCACAGUUUGGCCCACAUCAGACCCAUCUCAGGUUUUACUUCCCUUUCACAGUCCACGGCCAGAGGCUUUGGAUGGUCUCGACCUUCUAGCUUUCUUUAUCUCGAGUCUCACUAGAAAUGGUCAACAUUUUCUCCAUUCCAUCUUGCCUUUGGACCACCGCUUGUCUACCACCCCCUCAGUUGAUUGCUCCUCCCAGGACCUUGAGGGACUCCCUUCAGCCAGUUGAAGGAAGAAGGACCAAGGGAGACCAGAGAUAGGUGUCUGGAAGCAGUCCAGAACCACAAGCGGUGUCGAUUCCAAAAAGCCACGGUUGAAGGUGGCAUCUGAAAUGAUCGCAGAUCAGUCUUUCUUUCUGGAGCAGAAGUGAUGGGAUGAGGAGAUGCUCCUGGUGAAAGCAGGGCUGUUCCAUGCUGUCCACCCUUUCUUCUCUCAGAACAGACUACUUGGAGGAGACCUUUCCCAAAGCAAGAAUAGGUGAUGAGAAGACUACGGCGAGAGGACACUGUGGAGAUUGAGCCAGACCGAGGCCUACCAUUCGAUAAAUUCACACAUCAGAUCUGUGAGGGCUUCUACGGAGGCCCACAGAAUGAGUGGUUGGUGAACUUCCCUCCAAAUUCUUUUCUGCCUAUCACUGCAGCCGUUAGCUUGUACAUCUAAGCGUGGCUCCUUGUCCAAAAAUGCUGCUAUGUUGCAGCAUUCACGGGAGGAGACUUCUUCUGGAGAUCAAGUGACCUUUCCCCCCCUUUUUUUUUUCUCGGGAGGUGGCCAAGGAGAAGACAUGGCCCUUGGGAUCCAGGACAAUCCAUCUAAGUUGCAGGGGACAAGCUCAGCGCUGGGGUUGAGAGAGUUGAAGGAAAGUCCAUCUCAAAAAAUCAGCAGUAGCUUUCAAGGAGAAGAGAAAAAAAAAA